AUCUAUUGCCCUUUCAUUUGGAAUAUACUUUAGACGUAGGCAGCCAUGGUUCUUGGCACUGGAAAGCAUUUUGCACUACCAUCACAUCUGAAGUGAAUUAUUCAUGUCACUUAACAUUAUUCCUCCUGCUCCUCCGAGACCAGACUUUGAUGCCUCACGAGAGAAGCUACAGAAGCUGGGUGAGGGAGAAGGCUCCAUGACCAAGGAGGAGUUCACUAAAAUGAAACAGGAACUUGAGGCCGAAUACUUGGCCAUCUUCAAGAAGACUGUGGCAAUGCAUGAAGUCUUUCUCUGCCGUGUUGCUGCCCAUCCUGUCCUGCGCAAAGACUUGAACUUUCAUGUUUUCUUAGAGUACAACCAGGAUCUGAGCGUACGAGGCAAAAACAAGAAGGAGAAACUGGAGGACUUCUUCAAGAAUGUGGUGAAGUCUGCAGAUGGAGUAAUAGUGGCAGGAGUGAAGGAUGUAGAUGACUUCUUUGAACAUGAGAAGACAUUCCUUUUAGAGUACCAUAACCGCGUCAAAGACGCCUCCGCCAAAUCUGACAGAAUGAUCAGGUCUCACAAAAGUGCUGCAGAUGACAUCAACAGAAUUGCCUCCACACUAUACACUUUAGGGACCCAGGACUCAACGGAUAUGUGCAAAUUUUUCUUGAAAGUGUCAGAGCUUUUUGAGAAAACACGGAAAAUUGAAGCACGAGUUGCUGCUGAUGAGGACCUAAAACUUGCUGACUUGUUGAAGUAUUACCUCAGGGAGUCGCAAGCUGCCAAGGACCUUCUGUACAGACGAGGAAGGGCAUUAGUUGAUUACGAGAAUGCCAACAAAGCUCUGGACAAAGCCAGGGCCAAAAACAAAGACGUCCUUCAAGCAGAAACCACCCAGCAGGUGUGCUGUCAGAAGUUUGAGAAAAUCUCAGAAUCAGCUAAACAAGAACUGAUAGAUUUCAAAACAAGAAGAGUAGCAGCAUUCAGAAAGAACUUGGUGGAACUAGCUGAGCUUGAACUCAAACAUGCAAAGGGUAAUCUACAAUUGUUGCAAAGCUGUCUGGCUGUUCUAAAAGGGGACACUUAGACCCUAGAACAGGCUUCUCUGUCUAGGGCUUUCCCUGCUUUGGUCCCGUCUUUACUUGGAGGAUUGGAGGAGAGAGCAUACCUGGGGUCUGUUUGUCAAGAAACAUCUGUAUGUAUCACUACCAGAGACACCAUACUCCCUCCACUGCCGCCUUAAAGUGACGCGGCCCACUGUGGAAGAUUUCCCAAGUCCACACAGCACAAGAACCAACAAAUUCAGUUAAUCGCGUCUUGUAACUUCUGAUUGUUAAUUGACGUUUUUCAUGACAAUUGCUUCAUGAACACAUUUAUGUUCCUGUAAUUUCUGUCUAAUUGUUUUCUUUUUACGUGUUUAUUUUUGCUUAUUGUAAUCCCAGAGUCUUUAGUUUCGGUAAUCCUUUUGUAUGGAUGCUGCUCAGUUGUCUUGUUCAAGUUGAGCUGAUUGUUACUAUGAUUAAAGUGUAUGGUCACUCAAA